AUGCUGGUCGAGACAUGCCUCUCUCCGGCGACGCUGCUGCCUGCCGUGAGCUGCCGCAAGCAGCUGCUGCUGGUGCUGGCCAGCGGCCUCAUGGUGGCGCGUGCGCUGCUGGUGGCGGAGCUGAUGUGGUUCACCGGCACCUGCAGUGGCGCAGUGCUGGCGGUUGGGCAGCUGCUUGUGGUGGCAGCCCAUGUGCUGGGGCGGGGCCGACAGCCGCCAGGCGAGGCGGCGGCGGCCGCGGCGGGCGGUCUGGCGGCUGCGCUGGGCCUGGCGCCGAGCGCGCUGCGGGCUGGGCGGGGGUCCAUCCUGGCCCGACGGCCUUGCACUGAGCAGCAUGCGCAGGGUCAAUACGGUGACAUGGUAUAUGCCGCACAGCAUUAG